UCUAUAUUUGUACUGAAAUAUUUAGAUUUUUACAGGUGUACAAAUGUGUCCUACAAAUAAAAUAUAACUGACUGCCCUUCUAUCUUUUAUCCAUAAGGUAGCGCUGCAGGGCGUUCAUUUGCAAUUAAAUACGACACGAAGAAUAAACGUUGAUGCAACAGUUGCGUCAAGUUAGUAAUAUUUUUGGGUAGUAGCUGAAAAUAUGCAUUUCCGGUUUGUGUAUAAUUAACAAAUGCCGUUGAAUAUUCAACAACAGGGUUUUUAUACAAGAUGAGCAAACAUAUACUCUUGUAUACUGCCAAUUACGAUGUCAUUAUUGUCAGAUGUAUUAUUUGACUUUGUUAAUGCAAGUUUUCAAAUAUGUCAUGAGUUUAUUAUUUUGAAAAUUGGGACCGGAUGUUACGGUUGUAUUAUUGCUACCUUGAUUGGUCGCUCAAACAACUGUUGGCAACAAAAUCGGUUCGUUUGGACGCAAAUUAAACUAAAUUGUGUACUAAAUGGGAAGAUAUAAAUGUGCCUACGACUGCGAAAGCUCCAGCGAGCCAGACGAGAAGUAUUUUAAAUUUCCCGUCUACAAUCCCCGAAAGCUCAAGAAAUGGCUGAUCAACAUGAAGUUGAAGGACUGGACCCCGUCUCGCUUCUCUGUGCUGUGCGUCAAACAUUUCGAGGAGCAAUACAUCGACAGGACCGGCAAAUGUGUGAAACUUCGGGAAGAUGCAGUUCCCACCAUAUUUUUAUCCCCUGGCAAGACUCAGAAAAGAGAGGCUUCCAUCAACACAAGAAGUAAGAGAUUCAAGUCAGCUGGUGUUAAAGCCUCACAGACGAGUCCAGCUCCGUCUCCAACUAUCACUACUGCCACGGCAAAGAGAAGAGUCCGGAACAAAGAGCUCAGCCACACAGAGGAACAGCCUGCUGGGGACAAUGACCCAAAAAAGUCAAAUGACAAAUGGAGGAUUAUAGUAGAUGAAGGGCUGAUGAAGAUAGAGUCAUUUCCACACUUCUUCCACGGAGAUUACUGUUCACCACAGCAGGAUGUUCAGUGGGCUCCAGAUGAUGAUUUGAGUUGUUCACAGACGGACUGUGAGGAUCUUGAGAAGGUGAUAGAGGUGAAGGAGCCGUGGCAGUGGCUUGGUCUGGAUGUCAGAGGGCCGCUUCCCCAAACGCUGAAUGGACACAAGUACAUCCUGACAGUGACGGACUACUUCUCCAAGUGGGUGGAGGCUGUGCCGAUGCAGUCGUGCCUCCCUACGGAUGUCGCCAAGCACAUCGUCGACAUCAUCGCCCACUUUGGGUACCCGAUCAGGAUCCUCUCCAGACUGCCUCAUGACAUAGUCCACAAAAUCAACAGAGAGCUGAAAGAUCAGCUGAAGAUCACCGUCGCUCUGGUCGUCUAUCAUCAGCAGACGGGCACCGUGGAUCUGAUCACUCAGCAGCUGAUUGACAGGAUGGUAGGCGAUCUAAUAGAGGAGCAUGCAGCUGACUGGGACGUCUACCUGCCUGCCAAGGUGUUCAGUCUGUGUUUCAAAGAGCAUUCGAAGACGAUGGAGAGGCCCUUUUCAGUGCUCUGCUGUACGGGACUGCAGCCCGUCCAAUCCCCCAGAGGACUGAAUUUUGCUUAUUCCAAGAUCAGAGAGAGUGCCUUCGUGAUUAGAUAGAUAUCUGAAGUGUAUUUGGUGAGUUGAAUAUAUUUUUGUGUAUAUGUAAUAUAAUGUUCUACAUAUUUCUGGGAUCAUGGAAUAUCUGCAUUUUCUCGAGGUGUUUUUCAGAAAGAGAAAGUCAGUGAAUUUGAAAUCUCAAAGCAGUUUAAGAAAAUAUGGAGGAGUUUCACUUUAGUAUUUUUCGUUCAUGGAAAAGUGCUGUAGUUAUUCAGGCCACAGUGGGAAUGUGUCUCUACAUCAUCUUUCACUCUGUCAGUGACUCGCUGUCAUUUCAAAUCUGUUCAAUCUAAAUUAGGUUUUGACCUAUUUCUUGUCCAUCGGCUCAGUAGAAGGCCGUUUUCAUGCUUGUGUGCUAUUUUUGGAAAUCAUAUCAGAAUGCAACAUUGUAUUUAAAUAUGCUGAAAGAGCAUAACAAACGUAAUGCAUGUUUUUAAUGUCCAAAAGUUUAGAAAAGAGAUGUUUUGUGCUUGAACCUUAUGAGUCUGGUGGAUACAACAGUGUUAUGUUUUACUUCAGGAUUUAUUUGUAUUUUCAAGGCUGCUGUGACAGAUUUGUUUGUCUGUGUAUAAAAUGUAAAACAUGUAAAUAAACUUGCUUUCAAUAAGAAUUGUUUGAUGUAUGCGAGACGAAAAAUGUGACUACAAAUAUACUCCUGUGUAAUCAAUAUGCUCUCAAAAUGAAGGCAUUUGUCAGUAUUAGAUAUUGUCAGCACCAUGAUUUGAACUUAUAACUAUUUCAACGUGUUAACAUGAACAUAUGCAGUAUGUACAGUAGAGCAUCUGCAACAUAAGAAUCUCAUCUAUUACCUGCUCAGGCAAUCAGAAGUUAUGCAAAGAUAAAUUGGAGCCUCUUUGUUUACAGACUUCAGUGUUUUGGUUAAAAAAAAACAUCCACACAUUUUAAAUCUUUAGCAAACAAAUGUGUCAAACAACAACUGCUGAGUUUCAGAGGUCAUGUUUUCAAUAAGAACCUCCUAAAUCUAAAGAAUUGUUACAUUUUAAAAGAUUUUAGUUUUUUCAAAGAAAACUAUUUUAAAAAUGUAUUCGUUUUUAU